AUGGAAUACCAAAUUAGUACAAGUCAACCUACUGCUAUUAGUUCUGACGAUAAAUGGGACCUGUUCGAAACAAGUCAAGAUGUUUAUGAUUUCGAGAAUGAACAGGGUCCUAAUAAUAAACAGAAUUCUGAUGACGAAUGGAAUUCUGAAUCUUCGAAUGAAAGUAUUCAGGAUCCGGAAUAUCCAUCGACGUGGAAGUUCAAUGAACAACCAUCAGUAUUAAACUUUGAUGAAAUUACAGAAGAGAUUGAAGAAAUUGAUGAG